UAUCGGUUGAUUAAACAAGCUGUGCUCACGAACGUCGACCGCUGCAGCCGACGGUCGCCUCCAACAAUCUCCCACAACUGGCUUUACGGUCUGGUAAAAAGUAAAUUUCUUUCGUCAUGGCUUUAACAAAGUUGAGCCUGUUUACGAGACCAAAUCUGAGUGUGCAGUCAUUGAGUGUUGCUUCAACUCGAUUCAAUACUACCACUACUGCCCCUCCUGCUAAGACAAAGUUUGGUCCACUUAAGGAUGAAGACCGUAUCUUCACCAACCUCUAUGGUCGCCAUGAUUGGAGGCUGCAAGGAGCACUGAAAAGGGGUGACUGGUACAAAACAAAAGAAAUUCUAUUGAAAGGAGUUGAUUGGAUUCUGAACGAAGUGAAAAAAUCUGGCCUACGUGGACGUGGAGGAGCUGGUUUUCCCAGCGGCAUGAAAUGGAGCUUCAUGAAUAAACCUUCCGAUGGCCGACCGAAAUACCUUGUCGUAAACGCUGAUGAAGGCGAGCCAGGAACAUGCAAAGAUCGUGAAAUCAUGCGCCACGAUCCUCAUAAACUCAUCGAAGGGUGCCUAAUUGCCGGUCGAGCCAUGGGAGCCCGGGCUGCCUAUAUCUACAUUCGUGGAGAAUUUUACAAUGAAGGAACUAACGUACAGGUAGCAAUCCACGAGGCCUAUAAGCAAGGUUUAAUCGGUAAAAAUGCUUGCGGGUCUGGUUACGAUUUUGACGUCUUUGUUCAUCGUGGUGCAGGUGCCUACAUUUGUGGUGAGGAAACUGCAUUGAUUGAAUCGUUGGAAGGCAAGCAAGGCAAACCGCGUCUGAAGCCCCCUUUUCCAGCUGACAUAGGUGUUUUCGGUUGCCCCACCACGGUUGCCAACGUAGAAACGGUGGCGGUCGCCCCGACAAUUUGUCGCCGCGGCGGAGACUGGUUUGUGGGUUUUGGUCGCCCAAGGAACUCUGGUACGAAGCUUUUUAACAUCUCGGGUCAUGUCAACAAUCCCUGCACUGUCGAAGAAGAAAUGUCUAUCCCACUGAGAGAGUUGAUCGAACGUCACGCCCGUGGAGUGAUUGGCGGAUGGGACAAUCUAUUAGCCGUUAUCCCAGGAGGAAGCUCCACACCCAUGAUUCCGCGCAAAGUUUGCGAUGAUGUGUUGAUGGAUUUUGACGCCCUCGUCGCUGCGCAAACUGGUUUAGGCACAGCUGCCCUAAUUGUGAUGAACAAGCAGACUGAUGUCAUCCGAGCCAUCGCUCGUCUUAUUGAAUUUUACAAGCACGAAUCUUGUGGACAGUGCACACCAUGCCGCGAAGGCACUGGAUGGAUGAAUAAAAUCAUGUAUCGAUUUGUUGAGGGUAAUGCUAAACCAGAAGAAAUCGACAUGUUGUGGGAACUGAGCAAACAAAUUGAAGGUCAUACUAUUUGUGCUCUGGGAGACGGUGCGGCCUGGCCCGUUCAAGGUCUCAUCCGGCACUUCCGCCCCGAGAUCGAAGCACGUAUGAAGAGUUUUGCCGAACGCCAGCAGUGUCAAAAGGUUGCUGCUUGAAAUAUUGUAAAAAAUAAACGGAGGAAAAGUAGAAGCUGUUUUAGAAACCACAGGUUCAUAACUACCGAACGUUGGCCAUGGGGUUCAGCCACAUAUGUAUAUCUUGACUGAAAAUAACAAACAAUACCAUCCGUGUACAUGUCAGUUUAAGGCAGAAACAAAUAUAACUAAAGGAACUCCCUGA